CUCUAUCUCUAUCUCUCGUCCUAAAUUACAUCACAAUGGCGCGAGAUGUAACGCUAUUUGUUAUUCCGGAAGCGGUAGUUUUAUAUGCUCGCAUGUUGUUUUUUUUUAACUGCAGCAGGGUAGUGAAAAUUGAAAAUACAGAGUUUGUGUUGCUAUCAAGUAUUAAACACAUGGAACCUUCAGGCCAAGAGAAGGGAAUCCACUCUCCAUUGUCUUCUAAAGUGGGACAGGCGAAAGCAGCUCUUCCCCAGAAGAAUGCAUAUGCUAGACUUGUACAGAAGCAUCAUAGUAAUAAGUUUAAAUCAUUUUUACACCAUAUUAUGAUGAUUACACCAAAAGAUGGAGAAAAUGGUGAUCAUUCCUUCAGUGCAGAACCUAUUUUAAAGACUGGAUGCCAAGGAUCAAAGGAAGCACUGGAAAAAAGUGGCAUAAAUAGAAAUUCACCAGGUAAAGUGUCAUGUACACACAAGCCUCCACCAUUACCACCAGACCAGUUAGAUGAACCUCAAUCAAGUGAUUGUGUGAUUGUUGUAGAGCAGAGCAGUGUACAUUAUAUUAGCAGCCAAGACAAAAGCAAAGGCAUGAUCCUGGAAGAAGGUACUUUUCAAGAAACAGAAACACAGACACAGCGUACAGUGUGUAUAAAGCCCAUGAAAACAGCAAAUGAACUGUAUGUAAGGGAUGCUAUGGGCCUUGAAGUAGCUGCUAUUACAUCAAAGCCUAAAACUACAUCUUCAAUGUCCUCUGAUGUUCCUGAAUGUGUAAUUACUGAAGACAAAGAUGUAGGUAAAAAAAGGAGAAAAAAUAAGAAAAAAUCAAAAAUGCCAUUUAAUCUUGAAAGUUCAGCUGAGAAUACAGAUGCCAAACAGCUGAAUUCUUUGGUUGUGAACUCUGUGCAGACCAUUCUUGACCAAAAACAAGGCAAGGAUGUGAGAAAAACUGCAAGAUCUAGAAAUAACUCUGAACCAACCAGAGCCCAGAAGAAAACAGAAAGAAAGAGGCAAAAGUCUGACUCUCAAGUUGAAACUAUGGCAACAGUAGAGAGUGGUAUUAUCUCAUGCUAUCCUACAGUUCCUCAAGCUGGACCUUCUAACACUACACCAACUUCUACUGAGAAAAAGAAAAAACGCAGCAGAUCUACCAGAGGCAAGAAAAAGAGUGUAUUUGAACCAUAUAUGUCUCUAGAGGAAGUACAGGAUGGUUUGAAAAGUAAAACACUUAUUCAGGGUCCUUUGAGGAUAAAUCCUAAGAAGUACAGCGAAGCUUUCAUUCCAUUUCCAGAUGGCAUCUUUGACAUUUUCAUUGAUGGAAUCACUUCCCGUAACAGAGCCUUGAAUGGUGACAUUGUUGUGGUGAAAUUACUUCCUAGGAGCCAGUGGAAGGUCAUUGACAAGGGUGUUGAAGAGCAAGAUUUUAGUUCAGUUUCCCUGAAGCCAGCAGUGGGUCCUGUUUUGCAGUGUAUGCAAAGCAAGAGAGUUGCCAGUCCUGAUGUGAUUAUUGAGGCACAGUUUGAUGGAAGUGAUGCUGAAGGGGAACUACAAGCCUCUUUUGAUGAGCUGGUUGUAAACACAAGGAAACUGAAAGUGAAUCCCAGGAACAAUGGUUCUGAGUAUUGUGAAGCAACAGAUUCUGUUUCUAGUGCGACUGGCCAUAGAAAUAUUUCAGAUCAUCUCCUCCAAAGAACUGCAAAGGUAGUGUACAUUAUGGAGAAAAAGCAUUCUCGAGCUGCAACUGGUACACUGAAACUUCUUCAUGAAAACAGUGACCUAUUUAAUACGUUUGUGAUGUUGUCACCUGUUGAUCAUAGACUGCCUAGAGUUCUUGUACCCAUGAUGGAUUGCCCACCUCAUUUUGCAGUCAGGCCUGACGACUAUUGCAACAUUCUUUUUGUGUGUCACAUCACAGACUGGAGAGAGGACAGCAAUUUUGCAGAAGGAUGGUUGGUGAAAAGUUUGGGUCAAGCUGGUGAGAUUGAGCCUGAGACUGAAGGUAUCCUUCUGGAAUAUGGUGUGGAUUUCUCCGAGUUCUCCCAGGAAGUUUUACAGUGUCUUCCACAGACAUUACCUUGGACCAUCCCACACGAGGAGUUUGAAAGUCGGCGGGACUUAAGGUCAGAGUGCAUAUUCACCAUUGACCCAUCUACUGCCAGAGAUCUAGAUGAUGCCUUGUCAUGCAGACUUCUCCCAGAUGGGAACUUUGAAGUUGGUGUUCAUAUUGCUGAUGUCAGCUACUUUGUACAUGAAGGAACACCACUGGACAGUUUAGCAAGUUUGAGAGCAACUAGUGUUUAUCUGGUGCAGAAGGUAAUUCCUAUGCUGCCUCGACUCCUGUGUGAAGAGCUGUGUAGCCUUAAUCCCAUGGUGGACAGGUUAACAUUCUCAGUCAUUUGGAAGCUGACACCUCAAGGACAGGUCUUGGAUGAAUGGUUUGGGCGAACAAUUAUCCGUUCCUGUGUGAAACUGAGCUAUGAUCAUGCACAGAGCUUGAUUGAACAUCCUGACAAGCAGUUCAGCCAAGAGCAGCUGCCUCCUGUCUCUCCUGAGCACACAAUUGAUGAAAUCCACCUUGCUGUGUUGAAUCUGCAUGGAAUUGCUCAGCAUCUACGUAAGCAACGAUUUGAUGGUGGUGCCUUGCGUUUAGAUCAGCUGAAAAUCUCCUUCACUUUAGGCCAAGACAGUGGUAUGCCCCAAGGCUGUUACAUUUACCAGUACAGAGACAGUAACAAAUUAGUCGAAGAGUUUAUGCUCCUAGCAAACAUGUCAGUUGCUCAUCACAUUUACCACUCAUUUCCUGAGCAGGCAUUGCUGCGUCGUCACCCUGAACCUCAAACCAAGAUGUUGAAUGACUUGAAAGAGUUUUGUGACCAAAUGGGGCUAAAUUUGGAUUUCAGUAGUGCUGGAGCAUUACAUAAAACUCUGAAUGAGAAUUUGGGAGAAGACAAAUAUUGCAUGUAUCGUAAGGAAGUCCUUACUCACAUGUGUUCUCGACCAAUGCAGAUGGCACUCUACUUUUGCACUGGAGUCCUUCACGAUGAGAUGCUUUUCCGACACUAUGCUCUCAGUGUCCCCUUGUACACUCACUUCACAUCCCCAAUCCGUCGCUUUGCAGAUGUGAUUGUGCACCGCUGUCUUGCUGCUACUCUUGGUUAUGCACCAAGGAUUGGCCUAACAGCAAAAGAGGUACAGAAACAGGCAGAUCACUGCAAUGAUAAGAAAAUGGCUUCCAAGCGUGUACAGGAACUAAGUGCUGAGCUUUUUUUUGCCGUGUUUGUUAAGGAAUGUGGCCCCCUAGAAUCUGAAGCAAUGGUGAUGAGAAUUCUGGACCAGUCUUUUGAUGUUCUAGUGCUAAAAUAUGGAGUUCAGAAACGGAUCUACUGUAAUGCUCUUCCACUUCAAGGUUUUAACUUUAAGAAAGUAGGGAAAAAAACAGAACUAACCCUGAUCUGGGAGCCAGAGAAUGAAGAGAGCGAAUCCACUGAACAGGUUAUACAUAUUUUUACUGUGGUGGAUGUGAUCCUGAAGACAGAAACAACUGCUACAAAAUACAGUGCCUUACUCAAGAGACCAGGGGAAAGUUCUAAGUAAUGAGUUUCAGCAAGAACACUUCCAUUUGACAAGCUUAUAGAAAAAUAUGGAAUAUCUCACCAAAUGAUAAUGUUUCUGCUGCUUGCUGUUCUUUUGUUCUGUAAUUUGAUUUUAUGUAAUUCCUGUAACCUGCUUGUUUAACUCUUAAUAGCCUGUACUUCUCUCUCUUUUUAAUGUGCAGUAAACUACUUUGUAGACAGAUUUACAAAUUUUUCCUAGAAGCAGACUCAGUUCUGGAUUUGUUUCCUUUUAGUAAUUUUAAGCUGAAAUACUGUAGCAGUUGAUUUUAACUUAUUUAAAGCUGCAGUGUGUGCACCAUGGGUAAGAUAAAUGCCCUUUUAAUAAAAAAAAAGACUUGUGGACUGUA